GACUUUCUGACUUUAUCCCUGAUUCAAGGGUUAUUUUCUUGAACCCAGGAAACUCUAUACAAGGUGUGAUAGUGAAGUAGAAGCUGGUGAGGAAAUCUACAAAUUCCUUCUGAGUUGCUCCAGGAAUUUUGGCACUGGAAGGGAGACCUGGUGUCAGCAUCGAUAAACAAUUCAGACGUAUUUAAAGUCAAUUGGUUUGCAAUACGACACUCAAGGUCAUCCUGGAAAAGUUAGUAUUAUGGCUAUGGCUAUUUCACCAUUUGCGUCUACGAAAGAGACUACCAACUAUGCAAGGUUAUGCCGCCUCCUGGUGGAUGUUGGAUCUCAGGUGCUUCGGUCCACUUUUGACACAAUACAUCCACCAGCGACUCUACAUACAGUUUUGGGAAGUACCUCAGUGCAUUACGCCACAUUGCAAUCACUGUACAAAGGGAAGAAGAAAGUGCUGUAUCCCACGCAAUGGGGAACGUUGUACCCUUCUCACGCACCUGUGUCUUCUGCAGCCUUCGAUAUCACACUUCUAACGGUGCUUCUUAGAAAUAUCUGUGGUUUGGGCCCUCCUGCCAAUGGAUGGGAUCGUCUUCCCCCAGCUACAAACAUAAGCAUCGCAGAUGACAUCGCCAGAGUCAAGUAUUACAGGAACACUGUAUACGCCCAUGCUUCUCAAGCCACUGUGGAUGACAGUAGUUUCAGUGCUUACUGGAAAGAAGUAAGAGAAGCUCUGGUGAGACUGGGAGGAGCUCAUUUGAGAGUUGAAAUCGACAAACUUGAGCACGACGGCAUGGAUCCAGAUAUGGAGGAGCAUUAUCGUGGACUGAUGAAACAAUGGAAGAAAGACGACGACAGCAUCAAAGACAAGCUUGAAGAAAUUGAAGAUUCGCUGGAAAACAUGAGAAGAAACUUCAGAGACGCAACUGACAAGAUAGAGAUUGAUAUGAAAGAGGUGAAAGAAAAGCUUACUAGUCUGACGGCCUCAGCUGAAAAAAGCACACAAGAAGGGUCUUUUGAGAAAAUGAUUGGCGAAAUGGAAAAGAUGGAUAGCGAACUGAAAGAAGUGAAGGAAAAGCUGUGUACUUUGACAGCCUCAGUGGGAGAAAGCAAGGAUGAAGGUAUUUUUGAUCCAACUGAGCUUAUCAGUGGAAUUCGCCAGCUGUACAAGACUCGCGAGGGAUGGCUCUCACCAUUUCCAUGGUGUGAAGAGUUUCAGUUUUUUCUUGGAAAUAUUUUUACAAGGCUCAAAGUGGUCAGAAGAAAGAAAACGAGAGGAGAAAUCACUGAAGUAUUUGUUGAGAUGUCGUCAAUACUAGACCCGUAUGAAGAUUGUUCAGCGCCGAGAACAGUGUUGAUUGAAGGAGAACCUGGUAUGGGAAAAACCACCUAUUGUAAAAAGUACGCUUACGACUGGGCCACAAAACAGAGAGAGCCUCAGGGCUGCGGCUCAACAGCAUUUAAAGUGGUAUUGUUGCUGAAAUGUCGAGAUAUCCAUUCUGACGUUUGGGAAGCCAUUGAUGAUCAGCUGCUGCCCCGAGACAUCGAUGAAGAAGUCAAACAACAAUUCUUUCAGUUCAUUCGUGAAAAUCAGUCCAGCAUUUUAUUGAUAUUGGAUGGAUUGGAUGAGUUACCAUCCGGCAAAUUGUCGAUGUUUUCCGAAUUAAUUGAAGGAAGAGUACUCUCCAGAUGCCACAUAGUUGCAACAGCAAGACACGAAGUUGGAAAAGAGGUGAGAAAAAGUUGUGAGGCGCUGCUUCAGAUCGAAGGAUUCACUGAAAACCAUGUGAUAGAAUUUGUCACCAAGUACUUUAAAGAAAGGACGGAUUUAGCCAUCAAGCUCUCGCAACGGAUGUCGCGAGAUAAAAACCUGAGAGAAAUAGCGGCCAAUCCUCUAAACACAGCACUUCUUUGCCUUUUAUGCGAAGAGUUUGAGGGCAAACUCCCCGAAAGCAGAGCUCAACUGUACUUGGGUAUGGUUGAAUGUGUUUUGAGAAGAUAUAGAAAAAAGAAGGGACUAUUAGAAAAGAUCGAAGACCUGACAAACCAUUACAAACCGCAAUUGAAUCACCUUGGAAAGGUAGCGUGGAAUGGUUUACUUGACCAUAAGUUGGAUUUUAAUGAAAGUGAAGUGAGAAACCAUGCAAAAGACCUGACUGAAUUUGGAUUUCUGUCAGUGCAGCCUGGUGGCAGCAAACUGAGACAAACACUGCAUUAUGCCUUCUUACAUAAAAGUUUUCAAGAAUUCUUUGCAGCAUUCUUCAUUUGUUCUCAGAUUCAAAGCAAGGAAAUGAAACCUGAAGAACUAGUUUCCGAUCCAAGGUUUGUUGAACUUAAACAAAUACUUUUGUUUUCAUGUGGAAUUUUGGCCAUGAAAUGCGAUGAACAGGUUGUGGCUCUUGUAAAGAGUUUAACAAAUGAAGUCAACAAAAAUGAAGGCGGUGGUGCAAAAAUUGUAUUGGAGGCCAUCAACGAAUGCAAAAGAGAAAAAAGUGAUUUUCACUCGCAGUUAUCGAAGUCGUUUGGAACUGGUAUGAAUCUGACCAAUUUGGAUUUGUCUGAGAAUGAUAUUAGUGAUGCGGGUGCUACAUGUAUUGCUGAGGCAAUCAAAGUGAACAAGACUCUAACCACUUUGGAUUUGUCUUUCACUGGUAUUAGUGAUGUGGGUGCUACAUGUAUUGCGGAGGCAAUCAAAGUGAAUAAGACGCUAACCAAUUUGUAUUUGUCUGAGAAUCGUAUUAGUGAUGCGGGUGCUACAUGUAUUGCUGAGGCAAUCAAAGUGAACAAGACGCUAACCAAUUUGGAUUUGUCUUUUAAUGGUAUUAGUGAUGCGGGUGCUACAUGUAUUGCUGAGGCAAUCAAAGUGAACAAGACGCUAACCAAUUUGUAUUUGCGAAGAAAUGAUAUUAGUGAUGCGGGUGCUACAUGUAUUGCUGAGGCAAUCAAAGUGAACAAGACGCUAACCACUUUGGGUUUGUCUUUCACUGGUAUUAGUGAUGCGGGUGCUACAUGUAUUGCUGAGGCAAUCAAAGUGAACAAGACGCUAACCAAUUUGUAUUUGCGAAGAAAUGAUAUUAGUGAUGCGGGUGCUACCUGUAUUACUGAGGCAAUCAAAGUGAACAAGACGCUUACCAAUUUGGAUUUGUCUUGGAAUGGUAUUAGUGAUGCGGGUGCUACAUGUAUUGCUGAGGCAAUCAAAGUGAACAAGACGCUAACCAAUUUGUAUUUGUCUGAGAAUCGUAUUAGAGAUACGGGUGCUACAUGUAUUGCUGAGGCAAUCAAAGUGAACAAGACGCUAACCAAUUUGUAUUUGGGAAGAAAUGAUAUUAGUGAUGCGGGUGCUACAUGUAUUGUUGAGGCAAUCAAAGUGAACAAGACGCUAACCACUUUGGAUUUGUAUUUCACUGGUAUUAGUGAUGCGGGUGCUACAUGUAUUGCUGAGGCAAUCAAAGUGAACAAGACACUAACCAAGUUGUGUUUGUCUUUCACUGGUAUUAGUGAUGCGGGUGCUAUAUGUAUUGCUGAGGCAAUCAAAGUGAACAAGACACUAACCAAGUUGUAUUUGCGAAGAAAUGAUAUUAGUGAUGCGGGUGCUACAUGUAUUGCUGAGGCAAUCAAAGUGAAUAAGACGCUUACCAAGUUUGAUUUGUCUUACAAUCAUAUUAGUGAUGCCGGUGCUACAUCUAUUGCUAAAGCAAUCAGAGUCAACAAGACGCUAACCAAUUUAAGUUUGUCUCGCAAUCGUAUUAGUGAUGCCGGUGCUACAUCUAUUGCUGAGGCAAUCAAAGUCAAUAAGACGCUAACUAAUUUGAAUUUGUCUCAGAAUCGUAUUAAUGCUGCCGGUGCUACAUCGAUCGCUAAGACAAUCAAAGUCAACAAGACGCUAACCAAUUUGAAUUUGUCUGUCAAUCUUCUUAGUGAUGCCGGUGCUACUCUACUGCUGAGGCCAUCAAAGUCAACAAGACACUUACUAAUUUGGAGCUUGUUCGGCAAAGAUAUUGCCGGUGCUGCAUUUGUUGCUGGGCCAAUCUAA